AUGAAGGUCACCUCUAUUCUCGCUACUCUGAUGGCCGCUGGCCUCGUUGCCGGUGCUCCUCCUAAUGAGCGCCCUACCGAUGUCCAGGGCAACCCCCUCCCGGAGCCCACUGCAGCUGAAGUUGCUCUGCCCCCGGCUCAUGGCGACAAUGACAAUGACAAGAGGGACCAGCUUGCUCCUCCUCCUAAGGAUGGCAAGCACCCCAAGGAUGCCAAGCACCCCAAGGACAUCAAGGACAGCGGCAAGCGGGACCAGGACAGCGGAAAGCGGGACCAGGUCCCCCCUCCUCCUAAGGAUGGCAAGCACCCCAAGGAUGCCAAGCACCCCAAGGACAUCAAGGACAGCGGCAAGCGGGACCAGGUCCCCCCUCCUCCUAAGGAUGGCAAGCACCCCAAGGACAUCAAGGACAGCGGAAAGCGGGACCAGGUCCCCCCUCCCCCCAAGGAUGGCAAGCACCCCAAGGAUGUCAAAGAUGGCAAGCCCGCCCCCCAGGGUAACUAA